CAUAGCGUGGCGCCACUGUAAACAACUUGGAAGUCACCGCCAAAAUAAUUGAUUCUUUCCGAUUUUUCAUGUUCUGUUUGCUAGUUAUUUUCCCGCCGUUUAAAUAGAACUGAAUGCACAUUAAAGGCGAAAUGAAGUUGACGGAGCCAGUUGUUAGAAGUUUCCGAGUAGCAAAGGUUUUCAAAGAAAAUACAGACCGGAUCAAUAACAUAGACUUUUCGCCUACCGGGGACACUCUCAUAUCAAGUAGUGAAGAUGACCAAAUUGUUAUUUACGACUGCGAAAAGGGAACACAAAAAAGAACAGUAAAUAGUAAAAAGUAUGGAGUUGAUCUGGUCCAUUUCACGCAUGCGAAAAAUACAGCAAUCCACGCAUCUACCAAAGUUGAUGACACCAUCCGGUAUUUAUCAUUACAUGACAAUAAAUAUAUUCGAUACUUUCCUGGACACACAAAAAAGGUGGUGGCACUAUCAAUGUCACCUGUUGAUGACAUGUUUUUGUCUGGCUCAAUGGACAAAACUCUGAGACUCUGGGAUCUUCGUUCUCCAAACUGUCAGGGCUUAAUGCAUUUAACAAGUAGACCUGUGGCAGCAUUUGACCCAGAAGGACUUAUUUUCGCUGCUGGAGUCAAUUCAGAAAGUGUAAAACUCUAUGACCUCAGGUCUUUUGACAAGGGACCAUUUGCUUCCUUUCGGCUGAACACGGAGAAAACUUGUGAAUGGACAGGGCUGAAAUUCAGUCCAGAUGGGAAAACAAUCCUUCUUUCGACUAACAGUAGCAUAAUCCGACUAGUAGAUGCCUUCCAUGGCAACCCCACUCACACAUUAACGGGUCAUCUUAACGAUAAGAAAUUACCCCUCGAGGCGUCCUUCAGCCCCGACUCCCAGUUCGUCUUCAGUGGUUCUACUGAUGGUCGAGUGCAUGUUUGGCACGCCGAAUCGGGUCAUAAGGUAUGCGUCUUUAACGCCGACCAUAACGGCCCUGUGCAGUGUAUUCAAUUCAACCCGAAGUAUAUGAUGCUUGCCUCUGGAUGCAAUAACAUGGCUUUUUGGCUUCCUUCAGAGGAUAAUUCAUAAAAUGGCAGUAACAUGUUUUCAUAUUCAUUGUUUCAUAUUAAAUCGGAUCCUUAAUUGUUUGCCAUCAUCCAGCUUACUUAUAGGCCUUCGUGGCCGUCAUCCUGAAAUUUAGUUUAUUGGGCUCGUAUCGGUGGCAGUUUUAUGUAUGCUCCUACCGGGCGUUGUCAUUUUCCAAUCGCGAUACUGGGUCGUGUUCUUAUGAAAUUGAUACGAAACCCCAAAUAAAUCUUUUUUUUUUUU